AUGCAAAUCUUCGUCAAGACUUUAACUGGUAAGACCAUUACCUUGGAAGUCGAGUCCUCGGACACGAUUGACAAUGUGAAGGCCAAGAUCCAAGACAAGGAAGGUAUUCCACCUGACCAGCAGAGAUUGAUCUUCGCUGGUAAGCAGUUGGAGGACGGCAGAACCCUGUCCGACUACAACAUCCAGAAGGAGUCCACUCUCCACUUGGUCCUAAGAUUGAGAGGUGGUGGUAAGAAGAGAAAGAAGAAGGUCUACACCACCCCAAAGAAGAUCAAGCACAAGCACAAGAAGGUCAAGCUUGCUGUGUUGUCCUACUACAAGGUCGACGCCGAGGGUAAGGUCACCAAGUUGAGAAGAGAGUGUCCACACUGUGGUGCCGGUGUCUUCUUGGCUAACCACAAGGACAGAUUCUACUGUGGUAAGUGUCACUCCGUCUUCAAGACCGACGCUUAA